AUGAUUAAUAAUACUAAUAAAUUAAUUAAAAUAAUUAAUUUAAUAAUUUAUUUAAUUUUAUCAAAAUCUAUUAAAGUAUUUUGUGUAUCUUUAGACUUGUCAACAAUUGGUUGUGAUGGAAAUUGUAUUCAAGAAAUGGGAAAAUUAAUUGAAGUAACCCCAACUUCUUCAAUAUUAUAUAGUAAUGAACAAGCAUUUAUGAGCAAAUUCUUUAAAAAUGUUUGCAAUUCAUAUCGUGAGGUAGAUGAAUGUUUAUUACGUUGUGAGUCUAAAAGUAAACAAGUUGCUGAUCUUAAAACAGCUUAUGCAGGGUUACAAUUUGUUUGUAAACAAAGAAAAGAAGGGGUUAGACAUUGUUCUAUUCAAAUUAAUCGUUCACAAGAAACAACAAUUUUAUUUACAAAUGCAAUUAUUUCUCGUGAAUUUCAUUCGAUGCAAAUGCGUUUUAGUGCUCUUUGCAGGUUGCCAAUAAUUAAUUCGAGUUGUGGAGACAGACCAGCCUCUUUAUUACUAAAUUUUAUUGGACUUGAAUUUUCAAGUUUUGAUACUUUAUAUCAACAAUUAGGCUUUGAUUCUCCUUUACCAAUUUCUUGUAGAUCUUUAAUUAAAUAUUCAUUAAAUAAUUUAAACAAAAAAGAUGAAUUAUUUAAUAAAAAUAAAUUAAUUUUGAAAACAUCAGCAGAAAAAUCUUCAAAAUUUUUAAUUAAUUCUGGAAUUUGUAGAAGAAAAAAACAAAAUAUUUUUAUUAUUUUAUUUUUAUUUAUUUUAAAAUAUUUCUUUUUUAAAUAA